AUGAAGGAACAACUUUUUUAUCUACUUCAGCAGUUAUCCGAGCAGCCCGGCUUGUCGGCAGAAUUGCCCAGCUUAAUGGACUGUGUCUUUGUCUUGUACACUAAUCUUUCGCAUCUUACGCACCCAGAGCGUCUCAAGAUCUUCCUAAUUAUUUACAACCUCGCUCACCAAGAGUGUUCAAACCUGAAGGCAAAUGGCGGCUGUCUCUCAUUCUCAUUUCUUCUAAUGCGGAUUUUCGACUGUUCCCUUGUGAGUGAGGAGGUAACUCUGAGGCUUAUUCAAUUACAGACACUUGUUUCCAUAAAAAUAGCCGAAGACCCUGGCCUGAUGGCCAACGAAACUGUCAUCGCGAUUCACCGUGGGCUAUUCACUGCCGACUUACUAAAGCCAGAGGCUCGCACCACCUUUUCACUGCAUGUCUGCAUGGAGAUCCUAAAACUCGUUACUCACUUGCACGAGCUUAGCCGAUUGGUUGACAAUGCAAAUGUCUUUCCAAGUUCGCUAAAGGGAAUACUUCUCGCGUGCCUGCUGCGUUGCUUUACCAAUCUGAAUGUGCUACAGCAUCUUAAAGCCACGGGCUCCUACAAAAUCGCCGUCGAAUCAUGUAUCAGUCUUGAGUCAAUUGAUUUGGAGGAAGAUCCUUCCAUAAGACAAGCCGUACUCCACUGUUGGAACAAUUUACUAGAGGAGACUGACACACAGAACUCGACGGAAUUAAGCGACUUAUCUGCCCAAUUAAAAUCGCACUUCCGUUUGGUUCCGUCAGCUCAAAUCGGAGGCGCCGUUUGUCCGUCAUGCAAUGAGUGUUUGCAUGACCUCUUGGAAGACAUCGUCCUCGCAAAGCGUCCGGCAGGUGACGUUGAUUGCACUGGAGACUAA